UGGAGUCUCGAAGUUGGGGGUGGCGAGAGGGAGGCGAAAGAACAAGCUGUCAAGAGAAGGUGACACGGUGUUUAAGGGACAAACAACCUAUAGGGAAAAGGCUAUUCGAUUAAUCACGGUGGCCGACGUUGGAAAUGGAUGGAAUUUAUGGAUGGGAACAGCCCCCUUUGAACCAAGGUAAUCCUUUCAUUGAGAUCAUUGAACAGCCCAAGCAGAGGGGCAUGAGGUUCAGGUACAAGUGUGAGGGGCGCUCUGCGGGAAGCACCCCGGGAGAGAAGAGCAAUGACACCACCAAGACACACCCCGCCAUUAAGGUGCACAACUACAAUGGCCCCCUGCGUGUCCGCGUCUCCUUGGUGACCAAGAACCCACCUCACAAGCCCCACCCCCACGAACUGGUGGGGAAAGACUGCAAACAUGGUUACUAUGAGGCAGACCUGCAGGAGAGACGAGUACACAGUUUUCAGAACCUGGGCAUUCAGUGUGUGAAGAAAAAGGAUGUGGCCGAGGCAGUUUCCUGUAGGCUGCAGACCCAAAACAACCCCUUCAACAUUCCUGAGGCGAACAUGUGGGAGGAGUUUGACCUAAAUGCAGUGAGGCUGUGUUUCCAGGCCUCGAUCACUCUGCCUACCGGGGAACUCUGCCCUCUGGAGCCUGUGGUGUCCCAGCCCAUCUACGACAACAGAGCACCCAACACAGCAGAACUGAAGAUCUGUCGAGUGAACAGAAACUCUGGAAGCUGCAUAGGGGGAGAUGAGAUCUUCUUACUUUGUGACAAAGUGCAAAAAGAGGACAUCGAGGUGCGGUUCUUCCAGGGCUCGUGGGAGGGGAAGGGCACCUUCUCCCAGGCGGACGUACACAGGCAGGUGGCCAUUGUGUUCUGCACCCCGCCCUACUGCGACACCAACCUGACCGAGCCAAUCCGAGUGAAGAUGCAGCUCCGCAGGCCCUCGGAUCGUGAGGUCAGCGAGCCAAUGGACUUCCAGUUCCUGCCCUCCGACCCAGAUGAAUAUAGACUGAUGGAGAAGAGAAAACGGACAGAGGGAAUGUUACAGAAUCUGAAGCUGGGGUCCCUGAUGUCGGGGACCAUGCCAGCAGAGACAAGGCCGUUCAACAUUGCCAGGAGAACAGUCACCGCCAAGCCAGCAGCUAGCCAGCCUGUGAUGAACCCAGUGGUGCCCCCUAGUGCCUUCUCUGUGAAGCCCCAGCCCUACUACAACGGCCCCCAGCCAGGCAAGUUGUUUCAAACCCAGCCCAAAGCAGAAGCCUCCUCCACCGCAGCCGAGACCUGGAAGUUCCUCAACAGCCUGACUCUGGACUCCCAGCCCAAAGCCACCCCUGUGGCCAGCUUCACCACCAACCCCCAGGCCUCUGCAGCCACAGCCGCCUCCUCCCAGGCCUUUUCCACCGUAAACCUGUUGGACUUCAACGGAUUCGCUUUCCACAACUUUGCUUGUCCCCAGGAGCCGGUGAGUGCAGCCCCUACACCAGAGCCCACCUCUACCUUCGGGGUCCAAGGCUCCCAGUUCAAGGUGGAUGAGGAGCUACCCGAAUUCCCCAGCUUUUCUGAGGCACAAGCGCCAGGGACUCUAGAUAGUAUAAACAUUGAAGAAUUCCAGGCUAUGCUGGGCCAGAGUUGUCUGGCUGGAGAAGGGCCAAAGAGCAGUGAGGCGUCAGCCCCUCAGGCACCCUGCCACUUACCCUCCACCAACACUGUGGCCAACAACGCGGCCCAGAACCAAGCAGACCCAGCCAACCACCACACCGGCUGUGGCGGCAGCACCUGGAUGAACUACCCCAACAGCAUUGUCAGCCUGCUCCAGAACGAGGGCAUGAUGGACAGUUCCCCCGGCAACGCCAGCCAGCCGGCCGCCCUUGACGACCUGGACGUCUUAAGCUCCAUGGACGAAGACCGUCUCAUGUCCAUCCUGAACAGUGGCAACCAAUACAGUUUUGUGCCCGGACAUCAGACCUAAGAGACAACCGUGUGAUUUGACUGACAUGUUUACUGACAUAAUCCCCCUGGUAGACUACUUUUAUCUGUGCCCUUGAGACCCUGGGCCCGGUUGCAUAAAACAACUUAAGUUAAUUUCC